CGACAGUAAUCGUUUGAUUUAAGCGGAAUUAGUGGAAAUGAUUUGCUCCGAUGAUUCGAAGCUGAAUUUUAUUUUAUUUUGAAAAAAAGCACGAGCUAGUUACAAUUUAACUCAUUCGUUACUUUGGUUUUAUGAUGCAUACGAAUUUUAGUAAUUUUACACAAAAAAAAACAUUUGAAUGAAUUUGAAUAAAAUUCGCGGUACGUGAUCGUAAAAUUUUAUCUUAUAAACGAGUUUGAAUAUAAAAUCGCAAUCCGUUUUAGAAACGAAUGAUGAGCUUAUUUUUUUAUCUAUUUGGUGACAAAGCGUUUUCACAUAGCAUGAGACUCGAUCUUGUUUUCACAAACAAUAUUGCGAAAAGAGAAGAAAAAAACGAACAAAAAAAGCUUGUGAAAUUUUAAGAUAUUGUGAAAAGGUUGAAGCUGAUCGUGUAAUGAUAAAUUUUAACAAAUAAUGUGAAAUAAUUCGUGAAGAGGAACAACAAAUUAUAUGGAUAAAUUGACAAGUGAUGUGAUAAACAGGAACCGGACAUGAAAUCAGUGUAACUCGACAUUUCGGUCCUCUAAGUCAGAUGUGUACAAAAGUUCUACCUCGUUUUAAUUGAAAAUGGCAGUCUCUUUGAUGAUUUUCAUUGUAACCUUGCUCCUGAUUGGUCAAGUGUUUACCCAAGAUGCAAUAGUAUUUUACAGUGUCAGGGAGGAACUUCCUGUUGAUACUUAUAUUGGCAGUAUUGGUCUGGACAGCAAACUAUUCUCAAACAUUACCACGGAUCGAUACAAUGACCUCCAAUAUAGAAUUUCCACUGAAAUAAGCAACACUGCAACAUAUUUUAAAAUUGAUACAAAUGGUCUUUUGUUUAUACGUAAUAAAAUUGACAGAGAAAAUAUCGAAUUUUGCGAUGAUGACUGUUUUCUAGAAUUCAAUGUUAUUGUCUAUGAAUUAGUGGAACCAACCUAUCUUAUAAAAGUUCAAAUUGAAGUUCAAGAUAGAAAUGACAAUGCUCCAGAAUUUCUGCCAAUAGCAAGUCCAGUUCAGGUUCUGGAAUCCCUUAGUGUUGGUUCAGUUAUCAUAACCGGAGCUGCAAUUGAUCUUGAUCAAGGGAAAGAUAACUCUGUUCAAACUUAUCGUUUAAAGCCGGACUAUGGCAUAUUUAAUCUCACUGUAAUGGACAAUAUGGAUUUUCAGAUCCGUCUGACUAAAUCCUUAGACAGAGAAACAGAGCCAUUUUAUCAAAUUGUCGUAUUUGCAAUGGAUGGCGGUGACCAACCACUGACAGGAACAGUAACCAUAGAUAUUGAAGUAACUGAUGACAAUGAUAACGCGCCUAUAUUUUCAGAACAACUUUACAACAUAUCCGUGUAUGAAAACGUGGCUGUAGAUUCAGUAAUACUUAAACUAUCUGCCAAUGACAUGGACGAAUAUGAUAAUGGAAAAGUUUCAUACAAAUUCAGCAAUCGUAUCUCAAAUAAAAUAUCUGAGCUACUUCGCGUUAAUUCAACAAGUGGUGAAAUAUACACGAUUGGUAUAUUAGAUUUUGAAACCGAUAAAGAGCUUAACCUUCAAGUGGUGGCAUACGAUCACGGACUCAUUUCAAAAUCAUCAACAGCAAGCGUAAUUAUCAAGAUUAUGGACAUCAACGAUAAUGCACCGAUAAUCAAUUUAAACGGGAUACAGGAAGUGCUAUCUGAGUCUUCAAGUAUCGGACAGUUUGUUGCUCAUGUUGAAAUUAAGGACCUUGAUUCUGGUAUGAAUGGAAAAGUUUUUUGUAAUGUUUUCGACAAUUUUUUCAAGCUUGAAACAAUGGGUAGUGAAAAUUAUUACAAAAUUGUGUUGAACCGGACAUUGGAUCAUGAUAGUAAGGCAUAUCACAAUGUCACGAUUUUAUGUCAGGAUCUCGGUGACUUACCGAAACAAACAUUUGCGAGUUUCUUUGUUCAAGUUAGAGAUAUUAAUGAUAAUGCCCCAGUAUUUACAGCAUCAGUUUAUGCAAUAUCGGUUGUUGAAAAUAACGACAAAGGUGCUUCUAUUAUCAGUAUUUCGGCAAUAGAUAAAGAUAGCAGUCUAAAUGGACAGGUUUAUUACUCGCUACAUGUAGAAUCACAAGGACUUUUUGUUGUUGAUUCGACUACAGGGCUCAUUACUGCAAACGUUAGUCUAGAUCGUGAAACUCACGGGGAAGAAAGUAUAUUUCGAGUUUUUGCCACGGAUAGAGGGGAACCAGCACAUACUGCUACCGGGACUGUGGUCGUGAAUAUUCUUGAUUUGAACGAUAAUGAUCCAAAAUUCACUAGUGACCCUUUUUAUCUGGAUAUUCUAGAAAAUCAACGAGUUGGAUCAGUUGUUGGAAAUGUCUCCGCCUCUGAUCCAGAUGCUGCCUUAAAUGGAACAUUCUAUUUUAAAUUUCCGGAAGAACCGAAUAUCCAGGAAUACUUUGAAUUUCAUGACUCUGGGGUUAUUAAAACAAAAAAGAUGCUUGAUCGUGAGUCAAUAAUGAUUCAUGAAUUUUAUGUACAUGCAGUUGAUAUGGGUGGGCGAACUAGUUCUGCUCUUGUUUUUGUAAACGUUAAAGAUGUUAACGACAAUGUUCCGGAAAUAAUUUACCCCAAUGAAUAUGAUAACACUAUCAGCAUCCCAUUCACACUUAAAGAAAAUUCUGAGGUAAUUGAAAUUGAUGCAAGAGAUUAUGACAGUGGUGUGAAUUCUAAACUUUAUUAUUUCAUUGACAAGGAUAAUGCAAGCUAUGCAUUUAAUAUUGACAGUAAAUCGGGAAAAAUGUUUUUAAACAAAAGUUUACAUCAAAAGGAUGUUGGACAUACGUUAAGAUUUAAAAUACGUGUAAAAGAUGGGGGUGCACCGCCUUUAGAAUCUUCGAUAGAUUUAUAUAUUCAGGUCAUAGACGGACCUCUUACUGCCUCCGUAAAUUUUAACUUGUGGAUUGUCAUCGGAAUUAUAAUUUUCACAGCGGUUGUUUCUGUGAUUAUAAUUAUCGUUAUCGUUAAAAUUUGCUGGUGUAACAGACUGAAGUCCUCGACAGGAAGUACGUCUGACAUUAUCAAGGAAUCAAAUGAAGUUGAUCCCCGCCUUAUAGACUCUUCAUCAUCUGCGUCAACUUCAUCGAAAGAUUCAAAUGGAAAUGAAAAGAUAAAGGACGAAAGUCUUCAUAUUCAAGAUGGCUACCAGAAAGGUUACUACAAUAAUCUGGACGAGACUGGUUACUUUACAAACUCGAGUUUGAACUCAAUCGACAAUCAGAUGUAUAUUGAACAAGUUAAACAGUUUGGUUACGAGCUUCAGAAGAAAAUAGAUGAGACAAAUAGUGAUAACUCUGGUGAGAUAGGAACCAGGGACAGUGGUCAAGGUGGUAGUGAUGUUGAUAUUAAUAGUCUGACAGAGUUACCUGUCCUUGAUAUUCCAGAAAGUCCAAAUGACAAUUAUUUGCCUCCGCCAUGUACAGAUAUCAACAGUGAAUACAUUGAUGGAAGUGGACAUAGAAAUGACUUUUACAAUGACAAGUUACCUCCCUUUACUCAUCAGACAUAUAUUGAAAACUCUAUAAAUAGUAACAAUGAUACUGAUCAGUCAUUUUUCCCUAGAACUGCAGUCAGUUUUUGUAAUUAUCCGACAAAAACUGCAGAGAGGAGAGAAAUCUCAAAGUUGCGAAAAAGUCAAAAGCGGGUCAUGUUUAGUGAUGACCUUGAAAACUCACAGUCAAGUGAAAGGUCAAAUAUUUUAUCAACAUAUUCAAACUCUGAUGUAGGUCAAAGUAGUGAAUCAAUUUUAAAACCGCGUAAAUUUCAUCGAAUGCUCAGUGAGGACAUUACAAGUUCAACGGGUCAAAUUAAUCGUGAUAACGAUUGGUUAAGACGUUCUGCAGAUAGUUUCGCAAGACGGCCAAAUAACGACAAAAUAUACAAUCAGUUACCUAGCAACCAAAUCAAAUUUGGAACAGGAAAUGACUUUAGAAAUCGGCCAAUGGGUAGCAAUAUCAAAACAUAUUUAGAGAAAGUAAUGGAAAAAUCAAAAUCGACUAGUUCAAGUGAUAGUAAUGUGCCAAAAUCGUCGGAAAGUGACACCGUAUUUUCAGUCGACACAUUAAUGUCGGAUUCUACGUAUAGAGAUAGUGACAGUAUUACGACAUCGGGAACGUAUGAUUUGAAUUCAGUUAAUCUUGCCAGUCCGUCAUUUUCAGAUGAUGCUUUUUCAAGAGACAUUGAAAUAUAAAUACAUGUAUGUUAAUAUGAUAUAUAUUCAAUUGUUUUAACAUUAAAGUGUCAUCUGACUUAAUUAUAUCAUCUCUAACUAGAUUCUUUUGUUCUGUGUACAUGAUAUAUGAUUCCUUUGAAGUAAAAUAUAGAUUUCUGUAGAUAUAUUAUACGUGAUAUACAUGUAUGUUAAAAAUUCAUAAAAAUAUAAGACGGCCAAACACUUACUUUUAAUUUUUACUAAAUUUAGAAUAUAAAAUCAUCGAACAAUUUGUCAUGUUCAGUACUCAUUUUCAGUGCACUGUUGUAAUAAUAUUCUUUAUUUAGGUAAAAUCUUUUUCAUGCAUUUUACUCUAUUCUUUAAUUUACAUGUACAUAUAUUUGAAAAAUGAAGAAGUUAAAAGAAUAUCACAAAAUUUCAUUGAAAUGUGUGAAGUAUAUUGAACUAAAGAAAGCAAAACCUAUUGAACUGAAGAACAAUAAAUAUGUCCAGAUUUCAAAUAAUUAUGUUUACAUGUAGUAAAUACAUGUUGUUAUGAUCUUAAAUAAUAAUUGUUAGUGAAAAUAUUUGUAUAUUGCUGUAAAUACAUUUUAAUAUAGUAUGUAUUUAUUCCGGAAAGAGUUAGAUCAUUUCUUUAUUUGCAGGUAAUGUUUUUUUUUUUUUAUAUUUCAUAUACAUUCACCUUUAUGUGAAACAUAUUGCAGGUUUUUUUGUAUAAAUUCAGUUUUGAAUUUUUAUUUUAUAUUUUAUUUUAUUUAUUUUAUGUGGUGGUCAAAAAGCUUGUGCUCAAUAUUUUGUAAGAAUUAUAUUUGUAGAAUCAUUCUUAGAUUCUUGGUAUAUUAAUAAAAUGCUCAUAUUAUGAAUAAACUAAA